AUGGCUGCAAAUUCGAAAAAUGAGAGCUAUGAUCCAUCUACCGACCCUAAGAGGAAAGCUAAGUCAAAUGAUCCGGGAUGGAAGUAUGGUUUUUGGCCGGACUUGGCAAACAAAGAUUUAGUCGAAUGUUCACUUUGCCACAAACAAAUGCAUUCGGGAAUCAAAAGACUAAAACAAAACUUGGCGGCGGGUUACGGAGAUGUUGCUAAAUGCCCCAAAACAACUACGGAGAUUAUGAGGGAAAUGCAACAAUAUAUGCAAGGCACAUCAAGAAUGAAGAGAUCAAGGGUGGUCUUGGAUGAUAAUGUGGAUGAUGAUGUGCAAGAAUUGGCAAGGGAAGAAACACAACCAUCAUCUCACGAUUCCGUUACUUAUCCAAGUUCCGGGACGGCUAGUAAGAGAAAACAAACCAUUUUGAGAUUUGCAGAACCGCAACCGAGAGUAGGAAAACAAACUCAAUCAGUUGCAUCACUACUUAGAAAGACCCCUGAAAAAGUAGUUGAUGAGAGGCAUUCCAAGGGUCCUACUCAAAGAACAAUUGAGGCUUCUAAUUCAAGAAGCUUUGAAGUAAUGGUUGAAUCAAUUGGACAAUGGGGGUCAGGAUUGAAGCCUCCUAGCUUUCAUGAGUUACGAGUACCCCUCCUUUUGGACUCAAAGCAAGCGACUGAUAAGUUGAAAGAAAGACAUAAACUUGCUUGGAAGCAAUACGGGUGCACACUCAUGUCUGAUGGGUGGACCGAUAAGAGAGGUAGACAUUUGAUUAAUUUUCUUGUGAAUAGUCCCGAGGGGACUUUUUUCUUGGAGUCGGUUGAUGCAUCGAGUGAGUCACACGAUGCAAGAAUGUUACCUGGAUUGUUGGAGCAAAAAGUUGAAGAAGUUGGAAAAGAAAAUGUUGUUCAAAUAGUGACCGACAAUGGAGCAAACUAUAAAGCCGCGGGAAAACUUUUGGAGGAGAGGAUUCGGACAUUAUUUUGGACUCCUUGUGCAGCACACUGUCUUGACCUCAUGCUAGAGGACAUUGGGAAGAUGACAGAGUUCAAGUCCAAGAUUGCAAGUGGUAGAAAUAUUACCACUUUUAUUUAUAGACAUGGGCAAAUCCUUAGUGCCAUGAGAGAACAUACGGGUGGGCAAGAUCUUGUAAGAGCUGGAGCUACCCGAUUCGCCACAGCAUUCCUCACUUUACAGAGUUUGUACAAGCACAGAAAUGCUUUGAGAGCUCUAUUUGUUAGUGAUAAUUGGGUUCGCUCAAAAUUAUCCAACACCGAAGCGGGUAAAAAGGUGUGUGAGAUCGUGAUGUCGUAUAGAUUUUGGAUUGCGGUUGAGGAUUUCUUGAGAGCACCACAUCCCAUUUUGAGUGUGUUGAGGAUCGUUGAUGCUGAUAGUACUCCAGCUAUGCCCGAGUUUACGAUGGCUAUGUUGGCUGCUAAGAAAAAACUCAAUGAAUCAUUUGCAAGCAAGCCAAGGUUGUUGGGAAAGUUGAUGGCUAUUGUAGAACGGAGAUGGGAUGAUCAGAUGGGAGUGGAUUUAUAUGGAGCCGCCUUAUUUUUAAAUCCUUCUAAAUACUUUGACCUUAAGGCGACGGAUAGUACAUGUGCUCGUAAGCAACGAGCCAUGUUCAAUACAAUACUUCAUAAGAUGAUUGACGAUGAUGACUUGCAAACUUUGGAAUGCCAUUAG